CUGCAGAACUUAAUUAAAAUAAUGUGGUUAUGAUUGGCAAUUAUUGGUACAAUGGGUGACUUUUACACAUUUUACAGUUGGCUUGUUUUUUCCUUGCACCUUUUGCCAAAGUUGAUUCACAUUUUGUUUCAUGUCGAUUAAAUUGCUUUUUUGGACAAGUGAAAAACCAUAGUUUUCUAAGAGGAAUGCGAGAAAUAUAUAUUAACUCUAUAUAAAUUCCUGUUAUCAGUGCAGAAAGUCUGAUCCCCUGUGGACAUUGAGAAUAGAUCAUUUCCUACCCUAUUGUUUGACAUAAUACCAAUAUACAGUCUUACACAUAAUGAUUUAACUGAUGUAUGGCUCUUGACGUCAUAACCGACAAUACUUUCCUAUUAGCCUAACCAUGAUUCAACAACAGUCCACAUAUUAGCCUACUGAUUGUUUGAGUGCCUCAGGAAGUAAUGCGAUACCUGUCUGCAUGGCGGAAUAUUUCGCGUUUAGUUUAGGUGGUUAGUUAGAAAUAGUAAUGUAGCAAUGGAGUGAGCUCCACGUAAUAUGUCUAGUAUGAGCCAGUUGACAGGGCCUAAUGACGCUUCACUUGAGCAUUGCUUCACUAAUAUUUUCGCCUUGACUGAUUUCAGUGGUAUACAGUACAGAAAAUACAUCCUUCAUACUCCCAAAGAAUAUCAUGACCCGCUAAACGAUCCAAUUAUUAAGUCGUACACACUGUGCCAAAAGUAUGGCGUUCUUUCAGCCUGGGUGCGCUCAAAGCCAGAGUCAUCUGACUUAUCAAAUCCUUGCGCUUUUUCGAAGUUUGCUAAAGAGCUCUGGGUGUUUUGGUAUGGAAACGAUGACUUUCCAAAUGCUGAUAUCUGUAUACUGCCAGAACUCCGUAGGGAGGACCAUGGAAACUGGCGACAAGGUUUAUCAUAUGAAACAAGAACUGUCUUGUUUCGGGCCUUGCACAACGUUGUUGAAAGAUGUCUGCUUACUAAAGGGUUUGUCCGCUUAGGAAAAUGGUUUGUACAGCCUCGUAAAUGCGGUUGCAAUGAUGACAACGUACAGUACAGUGUCAGUUUUUCGUUCUUCCUACACGGUGAGAGUACGGUGUGUGCCAGUCUUGACAUUCGUCAACACGCUGCUGUCCAAAGAGUUGGAGUUGAACACAUCCAGAGUUGUGUCACAAGUCAGUCAACCAUACCUGUUAUCCUGGCACCUUAUGGAAUUUCUGCAGAGCUGACGGGUUUCGGUUUUGAAAAGAAGGACGGAGAUCUGAUGGUUGAAUCAGAAGCAUGGUCGACUUUUUACCCCCUCAGGCCUAGUCACGAAUGUGACCCUUCUAUGAGUGGUGUAACUGGUCUGCCGUUUUUUGCUAUGGCUACUCCUACACAUCAGAAUCCACGUCAGCAGAAUAGAUUUAGUAGUGACAAGAAGCGGACAGUAGAAGAAAUCAAUCGACGGUGUCUAGAUACCCCACCCAAAUUUGUUGAGGUGAUCGUUGGUAAGUUAGCGCUAAAAUCUGUGAUAUCGAUUUCCAAUCAUCCCCAAGCUAUGUAGACAACCCACUCAAACAAUAUGACCCUUAAUUCACUCUUAGUGUACGUGGACAUGUAAUUGAGACACGAGACUGACCAAGAUAGGAUAGUUAUGGGUUAUCACGUCUAGCAAAUAUCCGCUAUUUGUGUAAUGCAAUGGUUGUAAGUGGUUUAAGACUAUUAGAUGCCCCAAAAUUGUUAUUGGUUAUCAAGUAAUUAUAAAUUGCUCUCUCUAAAGGACACCAGGCGUGCAACUCAGAAGUAUUGGACAUUUAGACUUCGGAAUGGUAUUUACGAUUUAAAAGAUUACUCAGUAAGUAUAUUUCAUAUGUGCGUUUAUUCGGUAGUUUUUUCAGUCAUUAGAUUUGGAAUUAGUUGACAAAAUCUACGUGAUUUUACUUCAGAGAUUCAUGCGUAGGUUUUACGUGUACAACAGCCUGACGGCAUACUAAUGCGGAGUUUGUUACUAGUAGGUGGUAUACAUACAGUUACCACGUAAUGGUCCAUAUAAUUUCCAAGGUGCUUUCGAUGGAAAAUAACAUUAUUUAGUACACUACAUGUACGGCCGAGAGUGAGGAGAGUCCGCUCUCCCUCUCGAAAUGCUCUCACAUGGCCACGCGUAUAUAGCCUCUGCCAGGGAAGUCCUACUCACUGCCUUCUCGUGGCGGGGGUGUUGUUUACGAAAAGCGAAUGUCCGGCGCCUUAACCGGAUCCCAAACCAAUGAUGCACAUGGGCUCCAGUAUGCUGUGGGAACAAAUGGCGUAUGAACCAGUCGUUGGUCACCGGCUUCCAUGGGACUGCAUCUCCUUACGAUGCUUCACUGCCUUAUGGAUUAGAUCUUCAGGUCGAAGGCUCAGGGAGUGGCCCCCUAAGAAAACUACCUGCUUCGGUUUGGGCACCCGGGCAGUAUCACAGCCCUCACAGAUAUCGAAUGAGAUUUGUGUGGCGCAUAGGUAUUUGGUGCCUCCUUGUACCAAUAUCUGUGUUAAAUAAAUAAUCGUGUUCUUUUUUAGGUGUUUCGUAAGGUAUUUCUCUAGGACAAAAGUUUGUCACGUGUGCCUCUAAAAUGUCAAAUGGUUUGAUGAACAGAGGUGAUUACUUCUUCGGUGUUUUGAAGAAUACCAGUCCUGAACUUUUUUCUGUACAGUCAUCUUCAUGUUUCAGUGUAGUGAAUAUAGUGGCUUAGUAGUAAAAGUAUCCAAAAAUUGACCACUAAGUCCCGAAUUUGAACCCCAGAUUACCAACCUAGGUUUGGGCAACCUAGUAAUCUCAUUAACUGUCACACUAAAAGUUUGGCUCAUAGUAAAGUAUGUGGUGAAUGAGUUGGUUUGUUUUUUGUGUUUUUAGUGAAUGCAGGUUUAGGCAGCUGAAAUACCGCUAAUAAAUAAAUAGUGCACUCUGUCUUUAUGCUUAGAUAACAGCCCAUCACUCAAUUAUAGGGUCGUGUACUCAGUUUUUUGAGGAUUAACAAUAGAUUUUUCUGCUCAAAUCAAAGUAAAUACAGCAUAGUCCGAACGUACAACCUAAUCGUCAAGUUAAAUGUCUUCACUACUAUGCUGUCCCAAACUGCUUCCCGCUGAUUAAAUGGAUUUGCAAAGUGAGAUGAGAUUUUCAAUAAGCAUGUCUUGGUCGAAUGCAGUGUUUUAUUCAAGUUUUAUCAUUUUUAACCUUUAAGCUUUUGGCCAAAUAAUUCUUGGUGUGGUUACAUGGAUGAAGUAAGAUGCGAAUGUUUAGAUUCUAAUUCAUGCACAGUAUGUACUUAAUUAUCUUUAGGGUAGUGAACAACACUAAAUGUUCUGUCAUGUGUAUAUUUACCAUAGCACAAAUAUUUUUUCUUUGUCGGUUCAUGUAUUUUAAAUGCGUUAUUUGUAAUUGGUUCGUAUUUCUUCACAGAUGGUUUUCGUAUGAGAUACCCGAUGUGCUUUGUUCUAAUAACCACUGUAAACGAUUCACCUAGUCAACCGGAAUAUAACCCAACACCUUACGGUGAAGCAAUUCAUUUAUCAGACGUUUCCGGUCAUAAUUUAUCUACGAACGUAUCAGCGCCCCAUAUGUCGAACAAAUGUUCUGUGUAUAAUGCCCAUAUUCCUAAUAAGAUAAAAACAUCACGCUUCUGGCGAGUAAACAAACAGAGGAAACUCCCGUCUAUAAAAAUGAACACACCUGGGACGUCUUUGCUGAAAGCAGUUAUUCCUAGUAGUUCUUUGCAGUCUGAUUUUUUAGUAGAUGUUCGUCAUAUCUACCUAGCUGGAAGAACUCUCCAGUGUGCAUCGCAACAUAAUCGUCUUCCUUCUGUGAAACCAGAGUGGCAAUCAAAACGGUCACAUUCUACUGACAAAAGUGAUAUGGGUUGUAGUACUGAUGGGCUCAUAACUUCAGUAUCACCCGAAAUGUGCUCAUUGUACAUACAAGCUCCAUGUACUAUCUUGCAGUGCUGCUGCAACAGGUUUUCUCGGGUUCGUCGCACUUCUGUUGGUGGCUCGUUUCAUCAGCAAGACCCCUGUAUUCGACAUUCUUUGAAGUCAUCUAUUCAUUUCAAUGUCCCGCUCUGUGAUCGUCCAAGGACUCCGCUCCCAAUCAUUACAACCAACUUAACUGCAGCCCAUGACCCAUCUAUGCCUACUCUGAGCCCUCAGCAACCAGCUCCAAACCAAAAUUCAAACCUUAGUUCUAAUACCCUCAAUGAAUUAAAUAACGAUUUCGUUUGUGAUCAGAAUACUUCCCAGACCACACCUUCAUCCACUCACCUUUCAACAGCGCCACAACCUCCAUCACUUCUUCCUAAACCUGAAAGUAACUCGGCUUUAUCUUCGGUUUUAAAGAUACCUAACGGUUUGGUGACCACCGAUUCACCCGUUUCUUCAGAUCACCAAACACAAUAUGCAAAAAUGUCAGCCCGACACAUUCCGAUCGCUUCUGUAUCUGUAAUGAAAAGGAAUUUAUUCAAUACUUGGUUAGCCAGACAUGCAGCCCAGGAAUUGCAGAAAGAACCAUCUAGUGACAUAAAGCGUCCAAGCUUAUGUCUCAGAAUUCCAGAUCGAAUUGAAAGAGAACAGUAUAUAUGCCCAGAAGGCAUUACUUUGCAAUCUACCCUUGAGCAAUCAUCCCCAUCCUUCCCGAAUUAUAGUAUUAUCGAUGACAAUACAUCGUACAAAGAAAAUAAUGUAACUACUGACGAGUAGUAAGUGGCAUUACUGUCAAAGCUAUUUUGUAAAUAGUUAAGUCAUCAAAGAAUCAGUUUUGGGUGUUUUAAUUAGUUAUGUGAAUGGCUAUGUUCACUCUUCUGCAUGAACUAUCAUGAUGUUCGCAUUUCGAUAAGACUAAAAUUAAACGUUACAACUGAAAUGCUCUAAGUAGCCACUCAUUCUGUUUGGAGUUUUCCUGAACUAUUGCGUGUAAAACUGCAUAAAUACGUAGUACUGAUCAUCCCGUUUAACCUGGCUCAUUCUCGAAUUACACAUUUUACUUUCCUCUUGUAAAUGUUUCGAAACAUAUUAAUUAGUUCGAAAUAAAUAUGUUCUUGUUAAUUCGGGUUAAUAAAAUGUCUAAACAUUAUUAAAUGAUGAAACUUUUCGGUCACUUUAAGUGAUCAGUUUUUAAACGGAAUUUCUUCACAUUUUUUUAGCGCAAUCCUUUCCUUUAUUUCAGGUCUGUUGUUGUUAACGCUAAUAUUGAUUUACACAUCCAGUUGUAUAAGGACUCUGCCCACACUCGAGCUAAGCCGCUUAUUUUUUAAUUUAUUUUGACGCAAACAUCAAUAAAAAAGGGCGCCAGUAUAUCUAUGCGCCACAUACUAAAAAUGAAGCUGUGAUGAAUUAGGUAAAGGAAAGUGAGUAUAAUAAAAAAAAUGACAAAAGUGGAUAAAAGUUAGUGUAUGAGAGUGAAAUAAUAAUAAUUGUAAUAGGAGGAGGAGCGGUUCGGUUAAGAAAAAUGCAACCACAAAGAAUUCUUUCAGUUAAAUAAGUUACACUUUUAUGAAUAAAGUUACAGCAGGACCGCCAUUGGCAUCUGUUCUGAGCCUAGUCUGAUAACUUCUCAAGCCACUAUGUUGCAUCGUCUCUUAAAUCCCAGCCAGGGUAUCGUAAAGAUCCAACAGAUGUGUUGCUGUCAAUCUUGGCACUGCCAUCUACCUUGGUACUACACUACCUUAGUGGUGUAAAGAUAGAUUUCUGUAGUCACUUGACACAUAGUUUGUAAUCUCACCAUGUUUGAGAGUUUAUAUGUAUUAUGUGAAAAAUCACUAUCUGGAGCUUUAUAAAAUUUCCAGUUCGUUUAGAAACAAACGCCCUCGUACUGCUAUCUGCCGCACUGAUUUCAACGAAUGCAGUUUGAAUGAUGGCGCACAAGGAAUUACAACAGAUAUCACAAAUGUCAACUUCACUUCUGCCAAUUCAUGUAAGUUAUCAUACCUUAUCAACAUUUUCUAAUGUUAUUGUGCUAUCGCUCUAACUCACUUAUUCAUUUCUAGAUUCCCCGGAUAUGAAGGUCGGAGUUACAGAAUGCAAUGGUUUAAUCGAUGACCAACACAUUAAUCCAGGAGCAUUGGAAACAAAUACUCAUUCUGGAUUGAUGCAUUCUAACGGUUCCAUCAUAAAUAAUUCAAGUGGCACUUUCAGUCGCAACGUUGGACUAAUCACUCACAGAGGAGUCAGUCUCGCUAGCAGUACAGGUUCUGGACCGAUCGGACCAGCAGAACUAGCUUUAAUGCUUCCCACACCACCAUCCCAUGACGCACCUCAACCUAGUCCUGUUGAUGGUGUCUCAGUGUCCACCAACCGUAUGAACCCUUCAACAACUUCAGUAAGCACCCCUGGGCCUGGCUCUCCGUCUGUUCAAACAAUCCAGGACUCAUUAUCUUCCAAUGUAGCAGACACAUCGUCACAUUCGAUUCCUGUACCCUUCCAGUCUGCCAAUUCGCCACCGUCUUGUCAAAAUCAAGAGUUAUGGCAUCUUGCUAAACUGCCAUGCAUUCAAAACCUCAGUAGCGUCAGCAUGGAAUCUCAAGACUGGUCUUUCGUUCAACCUUGCGCUGCCUAUCUCGGUAUGACAAGUAACUAUCAAAUCCCUCAUGACGAAAUUUCAUUAUUCGCAAAGUCUCUACCUCAGCUGAAAUGGUCAUAUGACCAUCGUGCAUCAAACCAAAAAUCUGUCACAUCAGAUUGUUUAGAUCCACAUUUUACACCUAAUGGGUUGAUUGUCAACACUGGGAAUCAGUCUGCGACAUCUAAGUCUUGGCUAAUGUCUCCCAAUUCUUUUCCUCUAACUUCAUUACAUCGAAAUGUUGCAAACACUGAUAAUAAACCUUGUUCACCUCAACAACUGAAUGAGUCUGGGACUACCUAUUCUAUCACAGGGUUUGUGAAGUCAGCAGAUUGUACGAAUCCUAAUACCAAUUACGUAGAGGAUUUCACAGAGUGGUUAGCCAGCCUACUUGAAACCAAUGGACUUUUAGUAAAUUUAAUCCUUUCAGAUUCUAUGCUAAAUUUAUUCAAAGACCAUAAUUUUGAUUCCUGUAACAUUUGUGAAUGCACGUCAUCCAUACUUGGCUCUGAAAUUGGUCUUUACUUAUCCAAUUCAAUAUCUACAACGUCACCUUGUAGUAGAUCAGGACGAACAAACACUUCAACUUUUGGAAGUCAUGAUCUAGUUGGCGGGUCUGGGUUCCAUUUUACACGAGGAUGUAAAUGUGGUUUCAGUGCUGUGAUGAACCAGAAAUAUGUAGUUAAUGGAAAUCUAUUCUAUGAAGAUGAGAUUGAAGUAACCCGAUUGUCUGUUCGGUCUUCUUUGAGUCAGAACAAUGAAAAUCCAUAUACUCGUCCACCGAACUACCGGACACGUCCAGGUUGGUGGGUAACCAGUUCUCAUCCUUCUGUUAGUCAUUUGCUUUUACUUCAACGGAUAAUGAGUAGCGUAUUUGAAGAAUUUAGUGUACGACAGAUAACAGAUCAACUAAGAUGGAAUAUGUUGUCGUGUGACCAAGUCAUUAAAGAAAAUAAACUAGAAUAUGAUGAUGCUUGUGCUCUAAUUUCGUCGGCUAUUCGCAAUUCCGUUGAAACAGUGCGUCCACGCAGAGUAGUUGGCCAUGUUGACAAUAUUGAUUCCAUUACCAAUGGUACACCUCAUCCGGCUUCCGAAACUGGUGCGUAUAUUCACCCAUCUUUUUUUCUAAAAGCUCAUUCUAAGAUGCCUCAAAAUCAAAACGACCAGAUUCGCUUAUUGACAACAAUGCGUCCUUGGCUUCAGGAGGCCAUUUCGUCUACUCGUAUGUUAGAAUCAAACUAUACGGUUGAUGGACCAUUAACUUGGAAAGCAUUCCAUCAACUUGCUGGUCGAGGCUCUGAUGAAACUUGUAAACCUCAACCGAUUCCUCAGUUGCGCGUUAGCAGUUGCGACCAAGAAAACUUGUUAAUUUCUCCAUUCGCUCUUCGUGAUUGGGACCGAUUAUCACUAUUUCCAUUAUCGCGACCUAAACGUAUUGCUUAUGCUGUGAUCUUGCCUUCUGACUCUCAUAUACUCUCUGAUUUGACAUAUAGUAUUCCUAAUGUUCUGAUGUCUGAGGGCACCGAUGCAAAUUCUUCAUCGACCUCAAACUCACUAAGACGUACUCUUAUUGAUUUUCUGAAAGAACUGUCACAUACCUAUGAAGCUUGCCAUCUUGGCCAGCAUUUCCCGUAUUACAAACCAGAAGCAGGUUCUCCUGAUACAGCGUUUAUACCCGUCUUUCCAAAUCCAGAACGUCUUUCAAUAUCAGAAUCUGAUAACUUCGUAAGUAUUCAUCCGGAUCUUCUGAAAACUCUUACAGAACAACUAGGUAAUCAUUCACUAUAUGGAGAAUCAAUACUACGAAUUAUUCAAAACUACGCCUGCUCUUCAGUGAACUCCGCCAUAGCUGCAUUGAAGAAACAUGGUGUUGCUGUGGAGUUUAGUUCUGAUACGAAUCUUCGCUCUGCCUUGUUCCCACCUUUUGAAUCAAUAAAGUCAGAGAAGCCUAACGUCCCUGUAAAAAUCAGUCAAGAUGAUAUAAAAUUGAAUAUUGUAAACCGACUUUCAGUUCCAAGUAGAAUGGAUAGUAGCUGCUCUGUACGCUACAGUAAUGGUGAUGGUUCCUUCACCACAUCCUUGGAUACAUCCUCUUGGGGAGCGGGGAGUGAUGUUUAUUUAGUAAUAUACAUUCUAAAUCCUUUCUGCUACUUGUAUGAUAUCAGUAUGGAGCUUGGUCGUCUUGUUAUGCAGUCAUUAGUCGGUUCUGCCAAUCAUAUAUUGAAUUCUUUGCCUGAAUCGUGGCGUGCACGUGUCACUACACAAAUUUUAUCAGUUGAUCAUGUCAUGUCUGACUAUUUGCCCCGUUUACGACCUUUAGCACUGGCAAUUUACACAUCUGUGAAUCGUUUCAUUGAGCCCAGUUUAAUAAAUGCAAAUCGUACAUUAACGGGUAUAGGUCCAGCAGCUGAAAAGGAAAUUAUUUCAAAUGACAAAGACGUAAGUUAAACCAAAGUUUAAUACUUCCUAAUGCUUCGGGUAGUUGUUUAACAAUCCCUUUUAAAAAAAAAUCAUUGGCCAUCUUUCCCAUCACCUACUAAAAGCAGAACUUUCAUUCGGUCAAGUUUCAAAUUGUUCUUUUUCUAUGUGUAUGAUUCCGUGUUAGUGGUUUCUGUAGAAAAAUACUAUACUGUUGACCUUGAGCUUAUUAUUAGCAAACUAGAAAAUAAAAGCAGCAAAAUUAUAGCGGAUAAAUAAAUUUGAUAUUAUUAAUGAACCUUUACACGUUGCGUUAUUUAUUAUAGUAAACGGAGAGAGAUUAGGUCUAGGUAUUCGGAGUUAGGUUAAAGUUAUAAAUAACGAUUAGGGUUUUCGUCACGAAUGAACGUCAGCUAUAAUGCAAUGAUGCUUUAUUAUCCUUUCAAUGAUAAACGUAGUUAACAGAGUAGCAUGUUUGAGGAAAAGUGGUUUCGGGGUUAGACCAUAUGGCAUGCAACCGUUGAGUUUUAUUUCCAAUUCAGAUGUCAUGAACAUCAGUUCGACCAACUUGAUUAGACCAUUAAAUUUCAUACAUGAAAUAUUGCUUGAAGCUAAAUACAUAGAUAUGUAUUUGGGUUACUGAGUAACAUUUAACUCUCUCAUAAUCAAUUACUGUAUCGUUUGCGGAUUUUGCCAAGAAGAUCAAUUGCUCACCAUUAAUGUUGAAAGCUCAUUUUAUUUACAGUUUUCUUUUCAACUCUCUACUUUGCAAACAUCGUGCAUAUUUUUAUUCUUUGUUAUUGUCUGUUUUUUGUUGUUGUUUUUAUUUAAUUUUAUUAGGGUGAAUGCUAUUGAUUUACUUUAAAUUCAAUUCUCUUUUCUUUUGUAUGUAAAGAAAAUAGUUAUUUGUUAGUUGUGAACUAGUCAAUUAACCUAGCCAGCUCUCUAUCUAAAUAUAAUUGAAAUGCACCUUAUAUGAUUAAAAAUCUGUUCAAUAAUGAUAUAUUUUAUCUAGGUUGAAUUUACUGACCUGUAAUUAUUCAUUAACUGGUAGAAACAAUUGAAUUUGUUGUUAUCAUCAUUUUGUAUUCCUUAUUCAUAAGAAAUAAUGAAUAUUAAGUAUCAUUUUGUGUUUUUAAAUUCUUCGCGUGUCUACACAACGUAUCAUAAAUAACAGAUUAUAUAUAUGUGUAUCUGUUAGUCACUGACCGUGCUUACUUAAAACACACCUAAUGAUUGUCAUUAUUCAUAAUGAACAAAUUUAGAAGCGACAAACUUUUCUAUUGAACUGUAUUAGUUCGCCGCAACUUUAACACUACUUUUAUUCUCCUCUAAAAUCAAUGUUUGUCUAUAAACUAGAGAAAGAAUUUUCUCGAAGUGACUUUAUUAAGUGUAAUUCACACAUAUACACACAGUACUUACAGGUACAACUUCAUAUAGUAUUUAUUUAGUUUUUACAUGUGCUUGUUAUAUUUAGUAGAAUAAACUCAGAAUGAUAAUUUCUUGUUUUAUGCAGAAAUUUGUUUUCUUUUUGUAUAGCAGCUGUGUUGUAGAUUGCAAUGAAAUGUUAGCCAUUUAUUAAAUAUUGCUCGUAGUUUGGUAUCCUAAGGUGGUAUGAUUAAUUAUUUUGGUUAAUUUAUUGCUGAUUAUAACAGUGGGAAUACGCUACUAUGUCAGUCAGUCAGUAACAACGUAGAACUUCGUAUGUACGUACAUCAGUUCGAGUUGCCACACCACAUUAGCACAGAGAUGCAGUGGUCGAUUCAAAUCCCGUAGUACUAGAUUGUAUGCUGUAAUCAGAAAAAUUAGGGUUUGAAGAUGUUAUUCAAGGAGUAUAAUCCAGUGAAAUAAAUUUGGAAAGAUAAAAAAAGGGACAUGAAUUAUUCAGAAAAUUAGAAUCUGGGAGAACACAAAGAGGUGGGUGCACCUGCGCCAUUGCAAACGAUUUUGAGCCAUGUCAUUCAGGGUCUCUAACCAUCGGUUGCUAUCAUAUCGCGGUCCCCAACCAGGUAGUCUACACCUACCAACAUGACUCAGUCUACUUGUCAGUGACUUCAUGGACUUGUGCCAUGUUUUGGUCUGACCGCCCCUAGUUUUCUUUCAAUCUACUCCUAUACAACAAAGCAUCGCACAUCGAGGCAGUCGGUGGUUGGGCAUACGUAACACAUGUCCUAGCCAUCUCAACUAAUGAAGUUUCACUACGUCAUCAAUUGAUUUGCCAUCCUUACCUAGUACCUGUUUCCUAACAACUGCAUUACUUACUCGAUGGUCCCAGGAUAUACGAGCAAUAUUUCGAAGACACUUAUGAUCAAAUACACUACUAUGUAUAUCUAAUGCUUGUUCCAACUAUUUGAAAUCUAACAAUCUUUAUAAAUAGAUCAAAUAAUUAGGUGGAAAAAAGUGGCAGUGAACACAGCAGACUGAAUAAGUUAAGGGAUGAAAUUGUUUAUGAAAAGCUGAUAUGGCAAUUUGUGAAGACUUGCAUUUCCCCCUUUUUGAUAUUCAGGACUGAUAUUGAUCAGUUAAACUUACACAAUUAACUUCAUAUCUGUUGAACAAUUUAGAGGCUGUCUGGUAACAGCUUGAUGAAUAAUGUAUUGGUGUUUAAAGGGUUACGUACUGCGUAUAAGUUCAGCUGACGAGUUUUUGACAGAACGAAACCCAACUCUUGGAUUCCGUGGCUAAUCGUAAUCCAUUUAUUUUUACUGGUGUAUUUUUCCUGGAACAUUUUUCCAUCUCACCGAUGUUAACAAUAUGUUUGUAAUUAUUUUGUAUUUCAAGAAAUAUUAAAAGAACUAUGUAUCACUGAAUGCUUUUAUGAAGUCUGAGAAAAGCCUACACUUUUUAGUCCCAUGAAAUAUUUUUGUAAAGUUAAUUGUUCUUAGUUCCUACCAACUUUUUGCUACCCGUAUACUCGAUGAAUAAGUUUUGAAUUGAUGUGAAGCAAAUGUUUAGUGGUUAAAAUGUGACUUUCAACUAUCGGGUUGCCACCUCACAAUUGUCUCCAUAUAUUUAAGUGUAACCAAUUACAUCAUCCUCACCAAUAUUAUAGUAUGGAUCAAGGCUGUUUACACAGACUUACUAUUCAUCUUAUUAAUUUCAUAUAGAUAAUCUGGUAUUUGACAGCUUGAGGUGAUACGCACUUAUAACAAGCUAUGUGUUGGUUAUAACUGUUUAGCUGUUCUUGGUUAUUUACUAUUGAAUUGUAUAUUAGUACUUAGUCGUAUGUAUAAGUUUAAUUGUCGAAUUUUCGCACUGUUAUUUUUUAAAUAUAUCUACCUUUACACUUUUAAACCAUAUCAAUUUAGAGCUUCCAUAAACGAACUAUAUUUGCGCCUCCAUAUACGCUCAUGAACUCACGUGAUGUACUCAGUCAACUAGAUAUUUCAUCAGAACCUAUUGACCGGUCGUCUGUUUUAUUUGUUGCAUAUUGUCUUUCACAAGAUCAACAAUGGCUUCUUGCUACAUUUACAGAUGAACAAGGUGGAUUAUUAGAUCAUACUUUAAUUAAUAUUCGUGUCCCAACAAGAUAUUUUACUGAAAUAGAAAAUCAACGUUUUCAGCCAACAGAAUCAAAUAAACAUAUAUUAAGCCCUCGUCGUAUUGGGCUUGCACGACUUUGGGAUUAUAUUAUUAAUUUGAUCAGUCAAACUGCCAACGCUUGGCGACUUGUAGUAGGAAGAAUUGGUAGGUUGGGACAAGGAGAACUAAAAGGUUGGAAUGGACUGUUAGGACGCAAAAGCCUUCAGGAUGUAAAUAAAUUUUUUCGAGAGCGCUGUACUGCAUGUAGUAUAUCAUCUUGUGUUCCUUCACAUUCGUCAUCCAUUAAUAAUGGUUCUAAGCCUAUGUUAAAUCUAGUCAAUAGUUUCACUGGAGCCAGUAGUUGUACUCAUGAACUCCCAAGUUUAAUCAGCGCGUGUCUUGUUUCUCUCGAACCUCAAAGCACAUUUCGUGUAUAUCCUGGUUUUGGUUUGUGUUCAGAUGAAUCAUGGACGUACGGAGGUGGUGGAGGCGGUAGUAACGCAGGUGGUGGUGGUGGCUCUGGAAGUGCAGGUAGCACUGGUGGUAGUGGUGGUCUGAGUAACGGCGCUAACAGUGCAUUUUAUGGAGCCAAUGCUUCACCAUUAGCUAUGCGUAUGAUGUCACUUUUAGGUACUCCAACAACGUCUACAGAAACACCUAGUGCAACCCAUAUUCUUGUCUUUCCUACUAGUACUUCAGCAAGUGGUGUGUCUGUAAGUUGAUUUUUCAUUUAGUAUUAAGAUUUUUGCAUACAAGUUUGUUUGUUGUACUUAAAUCGUACUUUUAUAAAUUAUUUGCUGUCAUUUGAAUGAGAAGUUGAACAGGUUUCCAUAAAAAUUAUAGUAUUUCAAUUACUGGAAAUUAUGCACAAUUUCAAACCCCGUUUAUCGACACUUGUUCCAUUCUCUAAAUAAUUUUUAAGUAGUGUCUUACAUCUAUACUUUGUGUAUGAUCCAUAAUUUUGUUGUUAGGAAACAACUAUUAGUGUAUCUAUGGUUCUAGUUUUACAGACACGUGCUACCAUAAUAGCCGCAGUUGAACGUGUAGUUCAUAAGUGACUUUUAUAAGCGUUGUUUUUUCUAAUUUUAGCCACUUGGCUUCUCAUCAGAAUCUAUUUCUGUAAAUGCUGCCUAUCACUUCAUAUUCUACUAGUGUCCUCAAUUUUAGGUGAUAGUUUUUUCCCACAUAAAGAACAAUUCAGAUGGUUAGAGUUUUCAAGUAUUUCUAUCCAGUCUAUACAUACAUCGACUCGAUAAACAAUGGUGUAAAAUGGGUUUUAAAGUCACUAAUUAUGUACUCGUAGGUGUUAUGUGACAUUAAAAAUUAUUAUGAUUGGUAUAGACUGUUGUAGAGCAUAGCUUUGAGUGCAUUUUUGCGAUUGAAGUUUGUGAAUGUUAGAAUAGUGAACAAAGUCUUGAUCAUUGAGUGAAGCUCUUUGAUACUAUGUGCCUGUCAAAUAACUACUCAUGAUAUAGAACUACGGACACAAUCCCUCGUAUGAACUCUUGUCGAACAGCAAGACAACUAACCAGCGGAAUAAGUUUUGUUUUUCAUAAAAAUAACAUAUUUCCAUACAAAAUAUUCGAUGCGAAAAUAAACUCUUUAUUUGACAUCAAAUAAGCGAUAAAAGGGGUAAGAGUUUUGUCGGUCAAUCAUUUUUGCCGAUUGAAUUAAAACUUUGUGUUCUUGUUAGCUGCCGCAUCAUAGACGUAUUUACACAUAAUUUUGUUCAAGAUAACAUACAAUAUCAAUCUGUAUCUGCCUACUCUUCCUCUCAUUUUUUUUAAAUUGUCAAAAGAUGAUAUACUAUUUUGACCCGUUUGUCCACGAUCUUACGAUUUUCAACUUCCCUGUCACUAGUUCAAAUCUCGCUCUACCCACCUCGACUUAGUUAAUUUUCCACAUCACGAAUGAAGUAUACAGUCAAGUGAACAAGUCUUAACUAGAUUUCUUUACUUUUAAAUAGUCGGUUAAAACGUCCGUAAAUAUGUGUAUACGCAUGUAUGCAGUAUUUUAACGAUAGUUAAUUAUUAUUUUUGAAGCAGAUAGUAUUAUAAACUCACAUGAACAUAAGUCUGUAUUUGAUAGAUGAGUAACUAAAUUUAUUAAAUGUUCUUCUUGCUUAGUUAUUUCCCAGAAAUCUGAUUUAUCAAUUAUUUGUGGUUUAAUGGUUUCAACAUUUUUGAGCCUAUUUAAUUUUUAGGAACAUGAGCCUUCAGGAUUAGCUGAAGUCAUCUAUGGGAUGGGGUCCGAUGAUAUGAAUGUAUUUGACUGGCUUCUUCCCAACGAUCCUGGCCUUGAUGAUCUCGUUCCUCCAAACGGAUCAACAGCAGAAAUGUUGGCUGACUUCGGUAAUCCAUCUGAAUUAAAUUUCGGCUUGUCCGACCUAGGUCCACCUGUUUGUGUCAGUGGUGUUAAUGAUGGUACGGGGAAGUCAUCUAAUGGUAGAUUAGGCGAUGGUAGUGAUGUUUUGCAUGGACACAAUGAGUACGCUGUCGGUCUUCAUGACAAUCGGGGACAUGGGUGUUCUGAUGUUAUGGGUUUACGUGGACUUGAUUCUGGACUACUGGAUUUGGGACCAAAUCAUGUAAGUAACGUUGGAGGUUAUUUGAGUGAACAUUCAUUCAGUCAUGCUAUAAAUCCUCUCAACACAAUGCCAUUCGGAAUACAUGAUCCUACAGAUGAAGUGGGAAGUUUAAUGCAACAACCCUUGGCCAUGGGAUAUUACAUAUCUACAGCUUCUGCUGGUCCACUGCCCUCGUGGUUUUGGAUUGCUUGUCCGCAUUCCAAAUUUCAGUAUCCAGUUUGUUUGAAGUCUGCUCUGCAUUUGCAAACUACACUGGUUGGUGUUGAUGAUGCUGCAGCCGCAGCUCCUCCACCGACUGGGGGUUCAAGCGGUCCGGGAGUUGGACCGUCGUCAAAUCGUCCGGGACAUCUUCUAGAUUCAAGCAGCACAUGUGAUGUAUUAAGAUACGUUUUAGAAACAUAUAAUGCUUUAUCUUGGUUAACCAUUGAUCCAACAACAAACGAUCGUAGAACUUGCUUACCUAUUCACAUUCUUUCCUUAUCACAAAUAUACCAGGCUUUUGAAGCAUUCACUUGAUUUUAUUGCAUCUCUGUAAUUUAUUUGUAGAUAUUAAGUAAUGUCUUUUUUUUUUAAAAAAAGAAAUGAUGGCAGCUUGUAAUAUGCCAGUAAAUCUUUCAUGAAAAUUUAAUGAUUUCUCUAUCAUAUCCCUUAUUAUUUACAUUUUAUCCUUUCACUUAUUUGUUCUUGCCAGUUUGUAAAUUGAUAUUGUUUAUUUCCAUCAGGGUAGAUAUUACUUAAUCAUAAUGUUUAUGAUAAUAAUUGUAUUACCAACCAUUUAAUUAUGUUUAUUGAUUAACCUUACAGAUAUUUCAUGUGUUAGCCUAUUGUAAUUUUUUGUACAGACUUAGUGUUUAUGCUUUUCUUUCCUGGACAAUAUAUAUAUAUAUAUAUAUAUAUAUAUAUAUAUAUAUAUAUAUAUAUAUAUAUAUAUAUAUAUAUAUAUAUGUUGAGCUAGAUUUUCGAUUAGUCGUCUAUUUGUGUGCCUUGUUCUUUCUUAACGUGGACUUUUUUGUCAAUAAUGAAUGUGUAUGUGCGCUUUGUCCAUUUCAUUUCCCCCCCCCCUGAUUUCAGUCUCGUAAACUGACAUCAACUCUCAACGCUCGAAUUCUAAUCGUAUUUUAUUAAUAUUUCCAUUGUUGGUCAAUUUUGACUGUAAAUGUAUAUAAAGUGAUCAUUUUAUUCUUUACAUAGAAAUAAUUAAUUCCGAAUUGAUUUGUUUAAAAAUCACUAUUGUUUAACAUAAGUCUUUUAUCAUUGUCAUGCAUUCCAUAGUCUAAAGCGAUUAUAUUAGAGCCAGUUACAAUGGAUUAACUUUGCCUUUGCUUUGCUAAGCAGUGGUUUUACUUCAAUUGAAAUAUCACUUAAGAUGAUUUUGUAUGCGUAUGUGUCAUUUUCAGCUUUUAUAACUAACCAAUAGAUUGGUUAGAUUUGUAGCAGUCUGAAGAGUAAAUCAAUUAGUAAAUGAAAUAUGUAUUUCACAACAGCAUUUAGUAAAAAUGAUAAAUUCUACCGUUUUGUGUGGUAGUUUCUGAGAACCUUUCUAUGCGAUAGAAAAACACAAGAAAAUUAUUUUACAGAUGCUAACCUCAUUGAACUCG